UAUGACGUCACAUCAAAACAACACAGACUCGCUCUUAUUGGACGACGCUGGAAAGUGACGCACUGCCUGAAGGUCCAAUGAGUCGCAGGAGGGCUCCUCGUCGCAUCUCUCACUCACAGAGGAGGGAUGCACCAACAGGGGGAGAGUGGAGGCAGAGGAACCAGGAGCAAUGGCGAGGCACGGACAAAGCCUGGGUGAGACGGGAGGUGGUGUGUGAGAGACAUGAGCAACAGGGGAAAGAGACAGUGCCCAGGGGGACCUGCCAGACCAUGUGCCCUGCUCAUGAGCUGCGGGUUCGUGAGACGCAGAACUGCCUGCACCGUUUCGAGAUGUUAGCAGGUACAGAAACAGAUCGACGGCCCAGUGGAGACUCCUUACGCGCUGUCAAGGAGUAUUCCAGACCAGCAGCUGGGAAAGACGCAACAAACCCCACUGACCUCCGUCCACCUGCUGUGUUGCUGAAAACUGUUUGUUACCUUAUUGAUGACAUUGCUGCUUCCACCAAUCUGCAUCCAUGGACUGAGGUGUACGGCUUUGUUUUUGAUCGGCUGCGUGGUGUGAGGCAGGACAUGAUUAUCCAGCGGGUGUCUGGUUCGGACUGUGUGUUAAUAUUAGAGCGAACAGUGCGUUUCCUCAUCUAUGCUUCUUAUCGUCUUUGUGGUGAGCCCCUGCGUCUCUAUGACCCACGUAUCAACGACACACACCUACAGGAGAAUCUAAGCUGGCUGCUGGAUUGCUACACAGCAGGAACAGAACAGCAUCCCAACCAGGAGGAGUUUGAAGCUCUUGGACUUCUUUACAACUUGGGUUCCUCUCGUGCCGUGCGUCACAUUAUGGAGCUCCCUGAACAGCUCCGCAGCACUCCCUCAAUCAGCCUUGCUCUGUCUAUCAACCGGGCUUUUCUGGAGCGAAACCCUGUGCGUCUACUCCGAUUUGCUCAGAGGUUGAACUUCCUGCAGAGCUGUGCGCUCCACCGGCACCUGGUGACAAGUCGUAGAGAUCUGCUGCACAUAUUCAGCCACGGAUACAGCAGCCGCAAUUGUCGCUUUCCUCUCGACAGACUAGCUCAGCUCUUGUUCUUAGACAAGUCGCUCACUGUCCAACUAUGCAUGUCUUACGGAGUGGCGGUUACCCAGGAUGACCAAGUGGUUUUCUCCAAGACUGCUUUCACUGAGCCGGAACAAGGGAAACUGCACUGUAAACUGUAUCACAACAUAGUGGCUGAGAAACAGAGAGACCUCACUGUCAGGAGUAUCAUUGAUGGUUGUUCUUGAGACAAAAGGGAGGUCAACUAGAAUGGCAAUCAGAGCGCAUACCUCCGCAAAGGCACAACAGUCCCCUCAAGUUCAAUCAAGCUGCACCAAAUAUCACACACUUAAAGAUUACAUUUUCAUCCAGAUCCAUGUGUUAUAGUGAAAUUGGUGAAAAUAUCAAAAAACGCAAGUCUAAAGAAACUUUAAAACCUUCUGUAUCAGCCCAUGUUCAAUCCUACCGCCAACUUUCGUGGAAAUGUGUUUGCUGAGCUAGUAAUACAAGCAAUGGUUUUUUGAGAUGGGGAUUUACCAAUUUAUUGGAGGACACUACCACCUUGCAGCUCUUUUUUUAAUUUAAUGGUUUCAUCACUUUACUAUGGAUCCCCUAAAGUCCUGAUUGGUGAUAUUUUUUAUCGUGUGCACAGAAGAUAAUAUCUUCUAAAAAUUUAUUUGAAAAAGAUGACUUUAAGUUAGGUUAGUAUCUGCAGAGUGAACUCAUAAACUGAAAUUUUAGUCAAUUGCAUGCAACAGAUAAAAAAAAUCACAAUUUGGUAAUUAGGAGGCUCCAUAUUUUACCCUUUUCCUUUUGUUGAAUUUCUGUCUUGGUGCUUCCUUCCAGAUUAUAUGUGGACAGGAUUAUUAUCGAGUGAUGGGUUUGUUGUAUACUAACUGAGAGAGGCUUAAAUCAGAAAAAUAAGUUCUCUCUUGGUUCAAAAUCUUGUUUUUUUAAUGUCAUCAUGUACUUGGGGCCCUGAAAGAUGUGAAUUGUUUUUAUGAUGUUACUGUGUUUAUUCAGUAUUUCACAAAACCUGCUGCAAACUCUACUGUGCAUUAGCGGUGGUUUAAUGCUGUACCUCAGAAUGUCAAUAAAUUUUGCUAUGAAAAA